CUCUCCAGCGAUAUAAAUAAACAAAAAGGAGUCCAGAUUCAAAUCCCCGACUCUCUGCAUCCUUCAACAGAGGAAGAAGAAGGGGAAAUGGCGAGCAGAGGUUUUCUUCUCUCGUGCAUGAAGAGCGAUGGCUGCUUCUACUCUCGCCGUCUCUCGCCGAGACCUCGGUAUCCCUCGAUGCCUAAGUGCCCAAGGAAGGAGAUCAAUAAUGGCGAUCUAGAAUCUUCUAGAAACGAGGCGGAGGAGGAGAAGAGGGCGGCUUUGUUUUCGGUGAUCGGGAUGACGUGCUCUGCUUGCGCUGGAUCGGUCGAGAAAGCGAUCAAGAGGCUUCAAGGGAUUCAUGAUGCGGCUGUUGAUGUGCUUAACGAUCGAGCUCAAGUUAUUUUCUAUCCUGCCUUUGUUUCUGAGGAUGCAAUCAGAGAGACAAUUGAAGAUGUUGGAUUCCAGGCUGCAUUAAUUGAAGAAGACGUGAAAGAAAAAUCUGUUUUACUUUGCAGAAUUCGUAUAAAAGGAAUGACUUGUACUUCGUGCUCAAGUACUGUUGAAUCUGCUUUACAAGUGGUUCAUGGUGUACUGAAAGCUUCGGUGGCUUUGGCAACAGAAGAAGCAGAAAUCCGGUAUGAUCUGAAGCUUGUAACUGUAGAUCAACUUGUGGAAGCAGUUGAAGAUACUGGAUUUGAAGCUGUGGUUAUUAGCACCGGAGAAGAUAGGAACCGAAUACAACUCAAACUUGAUGGAAUUCGCACUGAAAAAUCUAUGCGAAUGGUCGAAAGUUCUCUUCAAGCUCUCCCUGGGAUUGAAGCUUUAGAUUUUGAUCUCUCCCUGCAUAAAGUUUCAAUAUCUUACAAGCCAGAUCAAACAGGUCCCCGUGACUUCAUUGAGGUAAUCGAAUCAACGGGAUCUGGGCGUUAUAAGGCGUCAAUAUUCUCUGAAGAAGGAAGAAGGGAACCUCACAAGCGUGAGGAGAUCAAACAGUACUAUCAAUCCUUUCUUUGGAGUUUGGUUUUCACGAUUCCUAUUUUCCUUACCUCCAUGGUAUUCAUGUACAUUCCAGGGAUCCAUCAGAUAUUAGAUGCUAAAGUAGUGAACAUGUUGACAGUUGGUGAGCUUUUGAGGUGGGUAUUAUCUACUCCUGUACAAUUUCUGAUCGGCAGAAGGUUUUAUACUGGUUCAUAUAAAGCCUUGCGACACGGGUCUGCCAAUAUGGAUGUGCUAAUUGCCCUGGGAACCAACACUGCAUAUUUUUAUUCAGUUUACUCCGCACUCAGAGCAGCAAGUUCUGAACAUUUUAAGGGAAAUGAUUUUUUCGAGACAAGUUCAAUGCUCAUUUCAUUUAUUUUGCUUGGAAAGUACCUUGAGAUCUUAGCUAAAGGCAAAACAUCUGAAGCCAUUGCUAAGCUCAUGGAUUUGGCACCCGAAACUGCAAUUUUGUUAACCUAUGACAAACAGGGCAAUGUGGCAAGUGAACAGGAGAUAGAUAGUCGAUUGAUACAAAAGAAUGAUGUUAUUAAAAUAAUACCAGGUGGCAAGGUGGCGUGUGAUGGUUAUGUUAUAUGGGGUCAGAGCCAUGUCAAUGAGAGCAUGAUAACUGGGGAAGCUCGACCUAUUGCGAAAAGAAAGGGUGAUAGUGUAAUAGGUGGAACUGUUAAUGAGAAUGGUGUUUUGCAUGUGAGAGCAACAUAUGUAGGAUCUGAGAGUGCUCUAUCGCAGAUUGUUCGCCUUGUUGAAUCAGCACAAAUGGCUAAAGCACCUGUACAAAAAUUUGCGGACCGAAUUUCCAAGUAUUUUGUGCCUCUGGUAAUUACUCUUUCAUUCUGCACUUGGCUUGUAUGGUUUUUAGCUGGUAAAUUCAAUUGUUACCCAAAAUCAUGGAUACCGUCUUCAAUGGAUAGCUUUCAGCUUGCUCUUCAGUUUGGGAUAUCUGUUAUGGUCAUAGCCUGUCCAUGUGCCCUUGGCCUUGCAACUCCAACUGCUGUUAUGGUCGGUACAGGCGUUGGUGCUUCACAAGGUGUACUGAUUAAAGGCGGUCAAGCACUUGAGAGUGCACACAAGGUGAACUGCAUUGUGUUUGAUAAGACCGGCACACUUACCACAGGGAAACCGGUUGUUGUUAGUACAAGGCUCUUAAAGCACAUGGUAUUGCGUGACUUCUAUGAAUAUGUUGCCGCUGCUGAGGUCAACAGUGAACAUCCAUUGGCCAAAGCCGUUGUGGAGUAUGCAAAGAAGUUCAGGGAAGAAGAAGAUAGUCACGUCUGGCUUGAAGCACGAGAUUUCUUAUCUAUUACUGGUCACGGUGUCAAAGCCACUGUAGGAAACAAAGAACUAAUCAUUGGGAACAAGGGAUUGAUGGUGGAAUCAGAGAUUAAUAUUCCAGAAGAAGCACUUGAGAUCCUAAUGGAAACCGAGGAAAUGGCUCAAACUGGCAUAAUUGUCGCUAUAAAUCAUGAACUUGUGGGAAUUAUAGCUAUAUCUGAUCCACUCAAGCCCGGUGCUAAAGAAGUGAUAUCAAUUCUUAGGUCAAUGAAUGUGAAGAGCAUUAUGGUUACAGGGGAUAACUGGGGUACAGCCAGAGCUAUCGCCAAGGAGGUCGGUAUAGAGAGUAUUGUUGCUGAAGCGAAGCCUGAUCAGAAAGCAGAGAAAGUUAAAGAAUUACAGAUGUCUGGUUUAACUGUGGCAAUGGUAGGCGAUGGCAUCAAUGACUCCCCAGCCCUCGUGUCAGCUGACGUCGGUAUGGCAAUUGGUGCAGGUACCGAUAUUGCAAUCGAAGCAGCUGAUAUUGUUCUCAUGAAGAGCAACUUAGAGGAUGUAAUCACCGCAGUAGAUCUUUCUAGGAAAACAUUCUCUCGGAUUCGGUUGAACUAUUUAUGGGCACUUGGUUACAAUAUCAUCGGCAUCCCAAUCGCUGCGGGGGUUUUCUUUCCUGUUACAAGGCUCAGACUGCCUCCAUGGAUGGCUGGAGCUGCAAUGGCUGCCUCAUCUGUCAGUGUGGUGUUGUGCUCUCUCUUGCUGAAGUACUACAAAAGGCCUAAGCAGUUGGAUGCUCUUCAGAUAAGAGGGAUCUCGGUUGAGUGAAUGUUUGUGAAGAUAUCAUUUAGUUGUGAAUGAUGGGGAAAAGCUUGAGGGCGUUGGUGAUUUUCUUAAGAAAUAUGGUUGGGUUUUUUUGA